CAAACACAACCUCAAUAUCACUCAUCUGCCUUGUCUUCACUGUGCACUGUGCAUAGGUACUGCUGUCGCACCGUUUUGACAGGGUAUCGGGCAGCCUGAAAAGGCUCCUCGACACUGUCCACGAUUUCUUAUUGAAUUUUCCUCCGGAUAAACAUCAUCUUGUACAAAGAGCUUCAUUUUCGGCCAAUCUCGGCGAGCGUGAACCUACGUUCUUGAAAUCAUGGCCUCGAGUGCAGCCUCACCACCGACGGCGGGUUCGACCCCGGCCCCGGUCGACAUCAAGCCUAUACUUACAAGACAGCCGUCCUUGUGUGCAAAGCCUGUGCAAACCCCGCCGGCGACAUCCCCCACCUCGACAACACCCUCCGCCACACUCUCCCUGACAAGCAAGGAAUGGAUCAUCCCCCCACGCCCAAAACCCGGUCGGAAGCCAGCGACCGAUACGCCACCCACCAAACGCAAGGCACAGAACCGUGCUGCCCAGAGGGCGUUUCGAGAGCGACGUGCCGCGAGGGUGGGAGAACUCGAAGAACAGUUGAAACAGAUCGAAGAAGAGAAUGAACAAGAGCAAGAUGUCCUGAGAGGAACCAUUGAAAAGCUCGAACAGGAAAUCGACCAGUAUCGCCAUGACCUCACCAACUGGGUUGAUCGCUGCCGCAAACUCGAAGACGAACUGACCUCGCUUCGUGCAACAACUCCCCAAGCCGGGACACCCUCCGGAGGGGCAUCUACAACCGAGCCUGCCAUCGAUGACAACACUGUCGGCUGCGGAAACUGCACACUGGAAACUCGCUGUCAAUGUAUCGACGACGCUUUUCAAGCAAUGGGCGGCGAAGCCGGUACGAGCACACAUCAGCAUGAAAAACGACCACACUCCCCAGUCUAUAUGGAGGCCCAAAAGCGUAUCAAGGUUGAGCCGAAAGAAGCAUUGGAAGUCGAUUUCACCUCGAUGUAUUCGGCCAAAGACAUCUCCGGCCUCAGUCACUCGGAGCGACAUUCUCCAACCUCAGCGGUCGCCGACCCCUGCGGUUUCUGCUCUGAUGGCACUCCAUGCAUCUGUGCGGAAAUGGCGGCAGAGCGUGAGCAAGCUCAGAACGAUACAGCUGCACCUGUAUCCAUGAGCUUGCAUCGUCCUGUAGCUUCAGUCAACCCGCCAAGACAGCUCGACCAAUUCACACCGCCACCCUCAGAAGGGGAUGUCGCCAUAUCAGUCCCUGCAGCAGCAGAACCCCCGCCCUCGGGAUGUGCCUCUGGCCCAGGAACGUGCGCACAAUGCCGUGCCGAUCCCAACAGCACGUUGUUCUGCAAAUCCCUCGCCGCUUCUCGAGCACAGUCUGCAAGCGCCCAAUCAGGCUGCUGUGGUGGUCAAACCCCUGGCGGUCGUUCGUGUUGCCAAAGCCAGAUAGACUCUGUCCCGCUACCGCCUAGGACCACUCGGUCCCGUGCGGCGGUCGGCUCGUCUCAAGCUCGUGUCACGGCCAAGGCCAGCGUCACAUUGACAUGUGCUGAUGCAUACACGACGCUCAGCCGACACCCGGCGUAUGAACGUGCCAGUGACGAAAUAGCUACGUGGCUACCAAAGUUGCACGCCAGCGAUGCUCAUACUGCAAUGGUGGGAAGGCCAGCUCUUGAGAUUGAUGCCGCGAACGUCAUGGCGGUGUUGAAAGACUUCGAUCGCAGGUUCGGCCAAAGCCUUUGAGAGAGUUUCAGGUCUCGGGCCAUGCGCUUUCUUUGCUUUGAGCUUUGCAGAGCCGAAGCAUGACGGUCGUCGUGCCAAUUUAUUUUUUUGUUUCUACAAUUGCUGAUCGAUUUGGCUACAUUUUUCAGUCGCCCGCGGGAGCCAUCCUGGGCAUGGGGCCGGCGUCAUCGCUGUGAAGAAUAUCAUACAUGCCAUGUCAAAGAGCGGAAUUACCUCGAUGGUGACAUGCUCACUCCCUCCGGGGACGAGAAGAGGCAUCGGACUUGGCUCCUUCUGGGCAAGGCAUUAAUGCCCACCCAAGAAAUGGAAGUAUGACUGGCAGGCGGUGAGCAGCCCAAUUGAACAGGUCCUCGUCGCUGGACGGACAGGUAUUGGUCCCAAACCUGUGUCACUACGUUCAUCAUCACGCCGUCCAUCUUUCAUGACCUCCACAGGGACCGAGGCCGACGUGUACAUAGUUCAUCUCGGUGGUGCCACAGGACACGAUUGAACGUCAUCAUUAACGAUACUCAUUAGCUUCUCACCGAAGAAGAACGUAUGACAAGAAUCACGCAGGGACGAACCGGGGGAAAGGAGAGCGGAGUUGAGCAGAGUUGAGCUGAUGUACAUACACCCAUCUUCUCUCUCCUCUUGGAAGAAAAACGUACAGGCGUCGCGAGGUGUUUAUGUGUUUACUUGCCUAGGUCGGUGGUUACGACAGUGGGACAAGGUACGAAUCAUGGAGGAGGACUGCGCUCUGGAUACAGUCUACACGGGUACACGGUGUCAAAGGCGCACCACGUCUAGUCGUACUCGUAGGAACAAGUUUGUUGUAUCCGUACAUGUACAAGUAUUAUUGUACAUAAAAAGACACACAUGAACACCGACACAGCCGGUGAUCCACUAGGUAUGAUAUCUAUAGAGUAUCUAUCACGUCAAAAGUAA